AUGUACUGUGUUGUUUUACAGAUGAACUUUGGGUUGCCAAAUAUUUCCUGGUUUAACAGCAACAGCUCAAAGAAGGAUGUAGCCAUGGUGGAAACCGUUACAUCGACAACUUCUCUACUUGAACAGCCAGAUCGAGGCAAAGGCUUAUUCGAUAUAAAGAUAUGGACUUGGUCUCUUAGCUCUGUUGUUCCCUGGUCUGCAACUUCCGGUGAUGGGAAGCAGAAACCCACUACUAUAAACAGAGGGUUAAAAAGGCAUGCAGUGUCUCGAAGGUCCUCAAGAUCAAACAGCGUGAAUACUGUUUAUCGGUUUAGACCCUAUGUGUCCAAGGUCCCGUGGCACACAGGACCGAGGGCGUUUCUUUCGCAGCUUUUCCCGAGGUACGGACAUUACUGUGGACCCAACUGGUCUAGUGGGAAAGAUGGUGGCUCGCUGGUUUGGGAUCAGAGACCUAUCGAUUGGUUAGACCAUUGCUGUUAUUGCCAUGAUAUCGGUUAUGAUACUCAUGACCAAGCAGAGAUGCUAAAAGCUGACAUGGCAUUUCUUGAGUGUCUGGAAUCAAACAAGGGCAUUGUUACAAGGGGAGAUGCUCAAGUUGCUCACUAUUACAAGACAAUGUGCACAACAGGUCUCAGGAACAUACUGAUACCCUACAGAAGCUACCUUGUGAAGAUACAAUACGGGCAAAAUCUACUCGACUUUGGCUGGAUAUUGAGCAACCUUAGCAAGAGAAGCUGGAAUUUUCAGAAGAAUUGA